CGGGAGCUGGAGAAGGAAGUUGCUAGCUCAGCUCAGUCAGUUGUUAUUUGCAUCCAAGUUUGGUCGCCAACGAUUUUAGUUUGUUUUGUCAAUAUGUUCUGCUACACCCUGUGUAAACAACCGUUACAAUCUGAUUAACAUUAGCUAUCUUCUGCUGUGUUGCAACGAAUCAGAUGACGUCUAGCUAACGUUAUCAACAUAAGACAGCUAGCUAGCUUGCUAGGCUAGUUUGUGUUCUUUUGAUAACGGUAGACCGGUAUCAUAUACUUUUUUUAUUAGCGUCUUACGUUUAUCCAGGAGCGUCUUUGUAUGUCAGGUGAGGAGGGGUCUUUGGUCAAGUGAUGAUGUCCACGUAUGAUGAUUCUGCGAGUGUUUCAUCACUGGGAAAAGCAGACGACUUGCAUCAACAAGUCCUUGCCUCAUUCCCACUGUGUCAGCUGACAGAAGAAGACCUGACCCAGCAUCCUCUAUUCUGCAAGCUCCUGGCAACGCUGUCACAGCAUGUGGACCGCACUGGCCUUACUGUCACACUGAAGAGAGAGCUGGAGAAGGCUGAGAGGGACCUGCAGACACAGAGGCUUAGCUGGCUGUGCUCAGAGAGCAUGUACAGGCUACUGCAGGAGAUGAUCCAGGAGCACUGUGUCAGAAAGCAUCACUCCACUGUGGCCCCAGAGGACGACACGUUCUAUGAGACUGUGGAGCAGUGUUUGGUGGUGGCCCAGUGUGUCAGGCAGCUGGACCCGAGUGCCACCGCCAGCCAGGACCAGCCUCCUGUUCUAGGGCUGAGUGCACAACAGGUGCUCGAGCUGAUGCCACAAGAGCAGGAUGUAUGGAAAAUGAAACAGCGACUGCCUAGAGAACUAGAAAAGCAUCUGAAGAAGAAAUGUUUCAGCGUCCUCUCCUACUAUCAGCCUGAAUGGGAGGAUGAGAGUGAAGGGCUGAAGAACAUGAAGCUGUCUCGCUUGUCUGGCCUCCUGGAGAGAGAAAGGAAAAGAGCAGAGAGUCUGAAGGAGAAGAGCCGUGAGAGUGCCUCCCUGCUGCAAAGGCAGACUCACUGCUACCUCUCUGAGCUGUUAGGGUGCAUCCAGAUUCUCCAGUCCCUGAUCCUGGACCACAGGCUGAAAGCCCAGAAAGAGCUGGACAGGAAAAAGAUUGAUUACUUUGAGGCCAAAUGUGAGAUCAUCAUGCAAAAGAUCAGAGCUGAGAUGUUGGAAAUUCAGCUAGAUACCUACACAGCAGACACAAUAUCUGCCCAUAAAAAAAUAAGGGAGAAGCUGGAAACGGAGCUGAAUGCCUCCCAGUUAGAGAAGCAGUCUGUGGAGUGCAAACUGUCCUCCUUUGAGAUAUUUGGCAAGGAAUUUGAGGCUCUAGCUGAGGAAUAUUCCAGACUGCGUCAGGAGAUUGACACCAAGAGUUGGGCUCUGAAGGAAUUCUCUCAGCACACGGACUAACUCGGAAUUGACAUCCGACAGUUCUGUUUCAGAAAAACACAGUUGAGUCUUGUCCAGAUGUUUUCAAGAGAAUUCUCUUCUCUACCUGGUGUUGUCUUGAUUGUUGUUCAUUUUAAUAAUCCCACUCUGAUAUAACAUAACAGUAAAUUCAUAAUCCUACAUUUUCAUGUAAUUGUUGGCAUUUCCUGCCUAAGUUUGCCCACUUUGCUAAUGAAGUAAUCAUUAAAAUAAUUGGCAACAUCAAUUUGUUUUGUGAUGAAUAAACCAUUUGAUUUGAUGAAAUAUGGAGAUGAAUUUGUCUUUCUGCCCAUAAUUUAAUUUAAAGUACUCAAAUGUUAAUCUUGGCUUCAUGAUACAGUUUCUUCUACUUUUUGCUGAGUUUGGUCACAUAAUUUCUCAAUAAGUCAGCCAAUCAGAUGUGCAGACGGAUUUAUUAGCCACUCCUUUUGCCCCAUCUUUCAACCAUACAAUUUUUCAAUUGCUCAUCAAUCCAUGGAACCUUAACAGUUCUUACAGGUGCAUGUUAUCUAUAAUUGGAAGAAGCAAUUUAAUAAAUUCAUCAA